AAUUAAAAGUUAUAUUGUUAAUAAUAUAUGUAGUUAUUUCGGGAUAGUGGAUAAAAAAUAUUAGAUUGACUGACCUCCAAAUGGUUGGCACAAAAUAAUUGGGUAGACAUAUUGUCCAAAAAACUUAAAUAUUUUCAUAUCCAGAAUUGGUUAAAAGUGGUUAUUUUAAUAAUGAAAUUAAGUUGUUUGCAGUUAGUGUAUUUGAUUUUAAAUAUGAAUCGUUUUAGAGAAUUCGAAAAAAAAUUCGAAAUAUAAAGAAAAAUGUGUUGUUUUUGCACUAGUUAUAAAGGAUGAAUGUAACGAGUAGUAGUGUGUUAGGAACGGAGAAACCAAGUUUUAUAGUUGUAACAUCAGAUUCGCGUGCUUCCCCGAUGGAUCCUUUAAGUCACGUUGGUGAUGGUAUUUUUCUGCAAACCAAAACAGCUCAAGGCUUAGCUGGUGCAUUUGUUUGGGUGGCUUUAUUUAUAACAUGCCAACAGAUAUAUCAACAUUUAAGAUGGUACACUAAUCCUCAAGAACAAAGAUGGAUAGUGAGAAUUCUAUUUAUUGUACCAAUAUAUGCUACUUAUUCCUGGAUUAGUCUUUUAUUUUUCAAUUCAGAAAGUGUUUAUGUAUAUUUUUUCACAGUGAGAGAUUGUUACGAAGCUUUUGUAAUUUACAACUUUUUGUCGUUAUGCUAUGAAUAUUUGGGGGGAGAAGGUAAUAUAAUGUCUGAAAUUCGAGGAAAGCCUAUCAAAACCUCAUGUCUUUAUGGAACGUGCUGUUUAACAGGGAAAACUUAUACUAUUGGAUUUUUACGUUUUUGCAAACAAGCCACUUUGCAGUUCUGUUUGGUUAAGCCUUUAAUGGCAUUUAUAAUUAUAUUUUUGCAAGCGUUUGGCCAUUAUCAUGAUGGAGAUUGGAGUGCUGAUGGUGGUUACAUAUACAUAACAGUUAUAUAUAAUAUAUCAGUAUCACUUGCCCUUUACGGACUUUAUUUAUUUUAUUUUGCCACAAGAGAUUUACUUACUCCAUUUGAGCCUGUUUUAAAAUUUUGCACAGUUAAAUCUGUUAUUUUUUUGUCAUUUUGGCAAGGGGUUGGCUUAGCUAUUUUAGAAAAAGCGCAAGUUAUCUCACCAAUUGUUGAUAGUAAUGGUGCAACAACUUCAGCUGGUACAGUUUCAGCUGGAUACCAAAAUUUUUUUAUAUGUAUUGAAAUGCUUUUCGCAGCAAUUGCCUUAAGAUAUGCUUUUCCUUAUCAAAUAUAUUCACGCAGUUGUAUCGGAGAUGCACACGGUCGUUCUGUUACUAUGCAGUCAAUUUCAAGUAGCUUAAAAGAAACAAUGAAUCCAAAAGAUAUAAUGACCGAUGCUAUACACAAUUUCCACCCGCAAUAUCAGCAAUACACUCAGUAUAGUUCUGGAGGCAAAAAUUCAAGAGGCAUUAGAGUUUCAUCUCAUGAUCCAGAUGAACUUAAUAAUCAAGUUAAUGAAAAAAAUUAUGGAGGAAAUAAUGGUGGUAAUGGUGCUGCAAAUUAUACGGCAACUACCAAUAGUUCUAUUGCUCCUAAAACACUUGGAAAUCAAAGAAAAUUCAUGCCGGGGCAAAGAGUAGCGACAAUAAGCCAAAAUUAUAAUGAAAAAACAAUGUUACUAAGUAGUGAUGAUGAAUAUCAGUAGAUAAAACGAAAAAAAAAUAAAAAUAAAAAAAAAUAUAUAAUUAAAAAAUGCUUUUAAUAUUUAUAAUAUAAAUGUAUUUUAUUAUUCAAUAUUUAUUAAAUAAUUAUCUUUUACUUUUUUAUUAAUUAUUAUUCUUUUUAAGUGUUCUUAAUAAAAAUUUAGAAUAAAAAAAAAUAUUCACUAAAGGGUAGAUAAUAUUAUUUUUAACUUAUUUUUAAUAAAAUUUUGCUAAACAAUUGUGCUUAUUUACUUAAGCCUGUAUAGAACAAACUAAUAAAAAAAAAUAUUUGUACAAAUACAUUAAAUAUUUAUUAUUGUUA